AUCUGACGCCUAUUUUCCUCCCAGCGUAGCCGCUACUAUCAAAACAGAAAGAAAAAAAGGGUACGACGGGACCAUGAAGUGACGCUCUGCUGGUGGUCAGAGGACCCGGUUUGGUUCGGAAGCGGCACCGAGCUCAUCCGGAGACCGAGAAAUGUUCAGCUUCUCGCGCGUUCGGGGCGGACUUUCGGCUGCCGGCUAGCUUGUAAGGCAUUUAACCAGAAAGUAUGUUGGAUUUGCAUCGACGGGAGGGCACAGACGCCGCAGGCUCGCCGUCUUGACAGCGCGUGAUUCUUUUUUUUUUGGGGAGGCUGAAAAACGCGCGAGCUAUAGCCUCUGGGACCUCCGGCAAUGGCCUCGUCGCUGGGCUGCUUCUCCGGUCCGGAGGUGCUGGAGGACGCCAACCACGCACAAGGUUUGGUGAACGAGCUGAAGCUGAUGUACGACUGCCGGCUGCUCGGUGACGUCACCAUCGGCGUCGAGGGUGAGGAGGAGGAGGUGUCGCUGGAGCACGGCGGAGGAGGAAGAGGAGCACGGGUCGACGUGGGUCAGGUGUUUCUGUGCAGCCGCAACGUGCUGGCCGCCGCCAGCCCCUACUUCAAGAGCAUGUUCACGGGCGGGCUGAACGAGAGCGCCCAGGAGCGCGUGCUCAUCCGCGGCGUGGACUCCGAGUCCAUGUCGGUCAUCAUCGACUACUGCUACACGGGCCGCGUGACCAUCACGGAGAGCAACGUGCAGCGGCUGUACGCGGCGGCCAACAUGCUGCAGCUGGAGUACAUCCGGCGCGCCUGCUCCGGCUUCAUGACCCGCCGGCUGGAUGCCUCCAACUGCGUGGGCAUGCUGCGCUUCGCGGACACCUACGACAACCCGGAGCUGAAGGAGAGCGCGCGGGCCUUCAUAGCCAGGAACUUCGGGCAGGUGUGCGCCGGGGGCGAGCUCCGCGAGCUGAGCCCGGCCCAGCUGCAGGAGCUGCUGUCCCUGGACACCCUGGACGUGGACUGCGAGGAGACCGUGUGCUCCGCGGCCGUGCAGUGGCUGGAGGCCAACGCGCCCGUGGAUGGAGAGGACGCGCUGCAGGUGCUGCGCUGCGUGCGCUGGAGCCUGUUCGGCGAGAAGGACAAGUGCUUCCUGGAGAGCCUGGCCGCCAGGCCGCUGAUGGAGACGUACCUGGCGUCUUUCUGCAGCAGGCCCGCGGAGGACGGCGGCCGCGCCGUGUCCGCGCUCCAGGACGCGCCAAAGCACCGGAUAGGCGUGAGCGCCAAGGAGAUGAUCCUCUUCUUCGGCCUGCCCAACGACAACAUCAUGUGCUGCGACCCUUACUCCGAGGACCUGUAUUUCAUGGCGCCGCCCCUGGAGGAUCUCAGCAGUCAGGAUUACAAGCGCUCCACCAUGGAGUCGCUCAUCGCCUGCGCCACGCCGGACCACAACUUGUACCUGGCCUCCCACCUUUCCAGACACUUCUGGCUGUACGAUCCCGUCCGCAACAGCUGGCGGGAGCUGGCCGAGAGGCUGCUGGGCCGAAUCCACUCGGGCAUGGGCUACCUGAACGGCCACGUGUACCUCCUGGGGGGGCGGAACCCGGUGACGGACGCCCGGCUGAAGGAGGUGGAGUGCUACAGCAUCCAGAGGAACCAGUGGACGCUGGUGGCCCCGCUGCCUCACUCGUUGGGUAAGAUGCAGGUGGUGGCUCUGAACGACCACCUGUACGUGGUCAACAAGAGGCGGAUGCUCUGCUACGACCCCAGGAGGAACCGCUGGCGCCACUGCGGCUCGCUGCGGAGGGACAAGCUCCACAAGGCCUGCAUCUACCAGGAGCAGAUCGUCUGCGUGUGCGACAUCCCGGUGGUCAAAGCCUACAGCCCGGCCCGAGGCGAGUGGAGGAGGCUGGGGGACAUUCCCAUCGACAGCCGCGCGCUCAACUACCAGGUGAUCCAGCACGGCGGCAAGCUGCUGCUCCUGACGCAGACGCUGCUGCAGCACAACAAGAACAGGGUCCUCAUCCACGAGUACGACCCCGCCAGGGACGCGUGGAGGAACAUCAUGGCGGUGUACGUGUCCACGCUGGGGCCGGUGUGCGUGUCCACGCGGGUGUACCCAGCAUGCCUCGGGUCGGCUCACAGCUUCUCCACGGAGGAGGACGACGACAGCGGCUCCAGCGCCGACUGGGACCUGGACGGGCUGACGGACGCGGACUCUGAUUCUGGAAGCUCCAGUUCGUUCUCGGAUGAGAACUGGUAGUCGAUGCAGAAAGCUCAUAAUUCAAGGUUUUAUUUAUUUUUAUCAGGGACGGAAAUGUCCUUUCAGUAUUAAAGCAGCUGUUUACCUUAAAGACAUAAGUUAAGGCUUGGGAGAAUCUUUGUUUGCUGUUUCAUUAAGUUGCAGCGUUAAAUUGUUUUUCAGAAUGAAGUAAAUAAAAAAACGUAUAUAAAUGCCACGCACCGAUGCAAAAAUGUCUUUUUUUUAUAUAUAUACCUACAGCAGUGCCUUGCAAAAGUAUUCACAUCAAUUGGGCUUUCUUACACUCUGCCAGGCUACAACCACAAUUUCCUGUGGAUUUUCUACGGGAUUAAUAUCACAGACCAACACUAAAGCGGAUGUAUUGUAAGGGAUUGACACGGACUUUUGUGUUUUAUGAAAUUCUGAAAAGUGUGGCGUGCAUUUAUUCAGCAGUCAUACAGCAUUUAUUCAGAUUGCAUUCAGCAUUUAUUCAGCUUUCAUUCAGCA